AUGGAGGCUAGAUGGAGAAAGGAGGGUAAUUGGGAUGGAACUAUGGAGGGCUCCGAUGCACAACCGCCGUUCUGGAAGCGGAAGAAAUGGUGGAUUGUCAUAGGGGUGCUGGUCGUCGUUCUCGCUAUUGUUAUCCCAGUUGCUGUCGUUAUGUCUAAGAAACAUGGUCAUGAUGAUGAUAAAUCAGGCUCAAGCUCUUCCGUCGAUAACAGCGACUCGCCUUACAUCUCAAGUUUGGAUGGGCUAAGUCACGAUAGCAUUCCAGAAUCUGCUCAGGGGUCAAUACUGGAUCCCUGGACGUGGUACGACACGAGAGACUUUAACCUGACCUUUACCAACGAGACGGUCGGUGGCCUUCCCAUCAUGGGGCUAAACUCAACAUGGGAUGACUCAACAAGGCCCAACGACAAUGUGCCCCCAUUGAACGAAUCCUUCCCGUACGGUUCGCAACCGAUUCGCGGUGUGAAUCUUGGGGGGUGGCUGUCAAUCGAGCCCUUUAUUGUCCCUUCAUUAUUCGAGAAUUACUCAAGCAAGGACAGAAUUAUCGACGAGUAUACAUUGUGCAAAAAGCUCGGAUCGUCCGCUGCCUCAACGAUCGAAAAGCAUUAUGCAGACUUUAUCUCAGAACAAGAUUUUAUAGACAUGAGGGAUGCAGGACUGGAUCAUGUUCGCAUCCAGUUCUCCUACUGGGCGGUGACGACGUACGACGAUGAUCCGUAUGUCGCAAAAAUCUCAUGGAGGUACCUCUUGCGAGCCAUUGAAUACUGCCGAAAGUACGGGCUUCGCGUAAACUUGGAUCCCCAUGGCAUCCCGGGUAGCCAAAAUGGCUGGAACCACAGCGGCCGCGAGGGAGUCAUCGGCUGGUUGAAUGGUACAGAUGGCCAACUUAACAGACAGCGCUCUCUCGACUUCCACAACCAAAUCUCGCAGUUCUUUGCACAACCCCGCUACAAGAAUGUUGUUACAAUCUACGGCCUCGUCAAUGAACCACUCAUGCUCUCAUUGCCGGUUGAGGACGUAUUAAAUUGGACGACAGAUGCCACGAAACUAGUGCAGAAGAACGGUAUUUCAGCCUAUGUCACCGUCCACGACGGCUUCUUGAACUUGAGUAAAUGGAAGCAAAUGCUGAAGGACCGGCCGGACCGGAUGUUUCUUGACACUCACCAGUACACCAUCUUCAACACGGGACAAAUUGUCCUUAAUCACACGGACCGAGUGAAGCUCAUCUGUAAUGACUGGUACAACAUGAUCAAAGAGAUCAACACCACAAGUGCAGGCUGGGGCCCAACCAUCUGCGGCGAAUGGUCCCAAGCUGAUACCGACUGUGCCCAAUACCUCAACAACGUCGGCCGCGGCACCCGCUGGGAAGGCACCUUUGCUAUAGGCGACUCAACAGUUUAUUGUCCCACCGCUGACACAGGUCCAACCUGUAGCUGUGCCUCCGCCAAUGCCCCUCCCGCCGAUUACUCAGACGGUUACAAGAAAUUCCUUCAAACAUAUGCCGAAGCGCAAAUGUCUGCAUUUGGAACAGCCCAGGGCUGGUUUUAUUGGACGUGGCAUACCGAGUCCGCUGCCCAGUGGAGCUAUAAAACAGCUUGGAAGAAUGGCUAUAUGCCAAAGAAAGCUUACGCUCCCGAUUUCAAGUGCGGUGAUGAUAUUCCGAGUUUCGGGGAUUUACCGGAAUAUUAUUAA